UAGUCACUUCUAUCUGUUGUUCAUUCAGAUAAAUAAUGGCUAAAAAGCGGCACAAUGGAGACUCUGCAGAGUCAAACACGCCGGUUAAAAAAGAGACCGCUUCCUCUGAGUUCAAUGGGACUAUGUUUAAAGCCAUGCUGAAGGAUCCCACUACAGCCAUGAAGGGAUUGCAAACAUUCAUAUCACACGCCAAGAAGCUGCCAUCCUCUGACCUUUAUGAUGUGGUUGAAGGCUAUAUUAAAAUCUCUAUGGAGUGUGCAGAAAUCUUCAAUUUGCUGGAAGGCAAGCAAAUGGAGAGUGAAUUGAUGCUGAUCUUUGAGAGUUUGGAGAUGAUCCUUCUAAGGACAGCCAGUGACCUGUCCCACUUCAACAUGGUGGGCAACGCCAUUGUGAAAAAGACUGUUAGUAGCUACAUGAAACUUCUCCAGGAUUCUUUCCAUUCAGAAAAUCACAGGUUUGUCCGCCAGUCCCUCAGUCUUUUGUCCGCCUUAGUGUCUCAGGGUGCGGAGGCUGCCAGAGAGGUCUUCAGUCACAUCCACAUUAAUAAAGCUCUGACUGGACUCGCUAAAAGAAAGGAUAAGAAGGGAAGACCUGAUGUCCGCAUGGCUUUCAUCCAGUUUGUGCUGUCCUUUCUGGUGUCUGGAGACAAUGCAACAGUUGGACAGAUAUUAGAAAGCAAAGAGCUUCUGCAGGAGAUCCUGAAUACGGGGCUGAAGGAGGACAGGAUGUCUAUCGUUAAUCUGAUUUUGUCCACACUGAAGACCAGAGUUGUGUUACACAAAGCUAUUAGUAAAACACAGAAGGUGCGUUUUUUCACACCUGCUGUGUUAGCCAACAUAGCAUCUUUAUACAAAUGGAACGGGAUUGUGGAUGCAACCACCAAUGAUGACACAAUGGCGGAGGACUCGGAGCAUGCUGGGAUACCAGUUGUACGGGAGCUUGUCCACAGCUUCCUUCUUGACCUGUGUUGCUCUCGUAAACAUGGAAUCAGCUUUCAUGAUGUCAGCUUGGGCACAGCCAGCAGAGCUGGCAACAUCGUCUUGCUUCAGUUCGUCGUGGGGCUGAAACAAGCAACAGAGGAUGAACUGGUGUCGGAGCUGGUGGUGAACGUGCUGAAAGCUAGUCCUGACAUCCUGUCCCGAUACUUCAAGGAGACUCAGUAUUCAUACACCCCCCGCCCCAAAAGUGCUUGGCAGGACAAUGUCAAGUUGCUUAAAAAGAUCUAUGAGGCCCAGCCAGAGAUCUCCACAGUGUUUCAAACAAGUGAGGUCAUCCCUCUCCCUCGCCUGCUCUCUAUGAUUAUGGUGAUAUCACUUCCUCCGGUCUGUAACAAGGCUUUCUUCACACAAGGCCUCAGUCUUGCCAACACAGCAGUGCAGCUCACAACACUGUCCAUGAUCAAUUUCGUCCUGAAAAAGGCCAAUAAGAAUAAAGAGUAUCUUUUGGAUGAGUCUGAGUGGCACAGCUCAGAUGUGUACACCGUUGACAUGAGGGAGGACUUGGUGCAGCAGUACAGAGAGACACUAAGCAAGAUUUUGCCUGAUAUGACAAGCAUCGUUGCAAAGUGGCAAUCACUGUCCAAGAAGGAAAAGACGGAGGGUGAAGGAAAAACCAAAAAUGAAGGGAGUGCUGAACAGACAGACACUAAAAAUGAAGCCCCUGUAGCUGAGACAACCGAGGUCAUCCUGCUGAAGGCCCUGAUUCUCCAGGUCAUAUGUCUUUACCAGAAAGUUGUGCCACAUCUGGUUAGCCAGUGCAAAUUUGACUUCAGCAAGCUAUUAAAAGGGAUUGUGUCAGAGAAAGGAAUGAGGGAAGAAGUUCCCCCAGUUCUGCAGUACCAGAUUCUACAGUUGGCCUUAGAUCUCCCUGCAAGCAAGUUCUCCUGGUUCCGCUUACAGGAUGUUGCUGAUACUGAAUCAUCAUCAGGAGAGAAGUCAGUGCUUUACUUGCUUCUCAAGAUGUUUGUCAGCAGCAGCAGCAUCCACCUGAAAACCUCCACACGGAUGCUCGUUCUAAAAGUGCUUAAAGACAGUGGAGUGUUUGAGUACACCUGGUCUGAACUUGAGCUCUGGCUUGACCAGCUGGCCCGAGUAGAUCCAAGCCAACAAGAGACUGUCAUCCAGUUCUUGGAGAGGGUUUUGGUGAAAUUGGUGUGCAAUUCCCACACAUACACAGAUAAGGUUGCCAGCCUGGUUCAGGAGGCAGCUUAUCUGCAAGCUAACCUGAGUAGCCAGGAGGGAGAUGCUGCCAGUAUUCCUGUCUCACACAUAGAUGAUGUCUUGGACAUGCUGGAUGUCAUUAUGGAAGGUAAUGAAGGUGACAUGGAGGAGUUCGGGCCAUCUUUAAAUGAAGACCUCAUCAUUCAGACUUUCCCCUUCAGCGCGGUGGUACCUGCUGCUCUGGAGGUCCGAAACAAACUUCCAGCAGAUAAGGGGGUUGUGUAUGAGUACUUGUCUGCGGUGCUCUCAGAUGUGCUGCACUGUCAGAGAGAGCCUCUCCCCCUCUGUCUGACUCUGCUGCAGUAUGAUAAAGAGCUUCUGUCAUCUGAACCGUCUGCUUCUCCUCACCCCUCCAUCAUACGCCUUCAUCACUAUUACUCCAGAUGGGUCCCACAGCAGGCCCGAGAGGAACUGUUCAAGUCGUUUGAAUGCCAGUCAACGGGAUUGCUUGCCUCUACUUCAUUUACUGCACUGAUGACAUCUGCAUAUUGUGAAGGGCUGAGCAGUUUGCUUGACGAUACCUUCAGGAAGAAUAUGGAGGAAACUCUUGCUUCCACGUCGAUUGCAGAAUUUCCUCUAGCAGUCAGACAGAUAUUACUCUACAUCAAAUCAACGCUGGAGAACUUUGGCACAUUCUCCAAAGACACAGGAGCUGACCUUUUGAAGACCUUAAUGGGAAUACUGAAAGAUUUGGUAACCAAGCUUCUAGACUUCCAGUUGACCACAAACCCAGAGCCGGCAGCAGAGAACUUCCAAGAAGGAUCAGACCUCUUCCUGGAAGUCAACCAGUCAUCCACAGUAGAGGCCAGCAAAGAGCAGAUCCUUAUCUCUGCACUUGGCUCCAUCUUCAAGCAUCAGUGUUUGGAACAGUGGUAUCUGGCUCUUGAGCUGGCUGCUUUGCCUCCUCACACACUGAACCCUGUCAAACUAAAGCAUCUUUGUGCUCAGCUGAGUGAUGAUAUUCUGGCCCUGCUGAAGAUCAGUGCCCCCACCCUCAGUCAUCUGGGUCACCUAGACCUUGUCUCUACAUACAUGGGAGCAGUUGAAAAAGCUGUCCUUAAAGAAUUGAUGGAGAAGAGCUCCCAGGCUGCAAAGAAACAGUCCAGACCUUUCCAGGCUCUCCUGUCUCUGCACAGCUACAUGGAGUCCUCCAAUUUGCGAGAGGUGGUGUCCAAGUUGCUACUCCUCCCCCAUGAGAGCCUCAUUUCUCCUGGCAGAGAGGGCACACAGGCUGAGCUUAGUGUGUAUGGUCACGCAGCACUGCAGAUUCUCACAGAGUCUAAAGACGACUCAUCCCAGGACCAUGGCAUCUUUCUGUCACAGGCACAUCUCCAUGGCCUGGGCACCCUGCUGCUGUCCUGCUCCAGCCCUGUGCUGGAUGCCUUCCUGCUCCAGACUCUGUCCAGUGAGCCAGGCAGUGCCAAGCUCAUUCACACUGAUGUGCUGCUGCAUUGUCUCCAGCGGCCUCUCCCAGAUACUCAGGCCAUUAGCUCUCUGCUGCUGCAGAACUCUUCUACACACCGGCUCUGCUUUGAGCUGUGGUGUCUAGAACCAGCAAACAUGGAGAAGCUCUCAGACCAGACAAAAAGCUUUCUUCCACUGAUCAACACGUACCUACAUCUGGCAAGUAGAGAGGAUCCUGCCAGGCCCAAAGAUGUGCAAAAAGAGGUUUUAAAGGCCUUGAACCAAGGACUGCUGGCCAAAUUGAUCCAGAUUGUUCAUGGAAACCUGGCAGAAGACUCUGGAGCUCAGUCUGUUGAAAUUCUAGCCAGUCUGAUCAAACUCUCUGCAAAUAUCAAGGACAUCAGGGACUUAAUCAGUAACCUUCCUGAGGCUCUUCAAAAAGUGGACAGUUUUGAAAGAUGGCAACUUGUAGAUGUCUUCACUGAGAAACUGGCUGAUUGCCCAGAAGAGCAAGAAACCUGGAUGAGAUCUGUCACCACUGCUGCCUUCAAGUGUCUUAUUGCUUCUUACAGUCAAACCAAAGAUCAGAAUACUUGCCCAUCAGCACAAGAGCAGAGCAUCUUGGACAGACUGCAGAAACUCCUGACAUCCUUUGAUGACAUCACUGCAUCUGAAUGGAACAGCUUUGUGAAGAAUGGACUGAAAUAUAGAUACAGAGAUCACCACUUCUUGAACACCUUGGCUAACCUGUUGGAAGUGAUGCAUGGUGACAGCGAAGCCAAGAAGGAUCUGAUACCUUUAUCCACCCUUCAUAUGAUGGCAAGCAGCCAUUCACUGUUCCUGCCCACCAUGUUGGACUCUGAUGAAGAGCCAAGCAAGUGUAAAGCUAAAGAGGCAUUAGUGUCCCUCCUUCUCUGCCUGGUGAAGAAAUGCCCAACAGUCUGCAAUAUCAAUCACUUUGUAGUACUUUUGGGAGCAUAUGGAGCUACACUGAGUACUACAGAUCAGAAACUAUUGCUGCUUCUUCAGGAAUAUGAAAAAAACAAUGUCAGUCUUCUGAAAUUUCAAUCCAUCUUGUGGGGUCCAGCAGCUGUGGAACAUCACAAGACCAGGAAAAGCCUUGGAGCUUCUCUGUGGAAGCAGGCGAGCUCAGAUGAUCUGCUGGCCCUGCUCAAUACUGACAGGAUGCUUCAAACCAUUGCACACUUUCCCCAACAGCGCAGAAUCAUCCCACAGGAUGGGAAGGAGCUGCUAUAUAAUAAAAAUGAAGUGAAGGACCAUGGGAAUUUGUAUGAUCCCUGUUUCCUUUUACCUCUGUUCAGCACCAUCCUGGGACCAGAGUGUGUGAUUGACUGCCUCAAGUUUGUAUCCGUUCAUGCCUUUGGAGUGACUGUAAUGGCCUUAAGUAGCUACGACCCCAAGGUGAGAGCGGGAGCAUACCAUGUGCUGAGCUGCUUCUACCAACACCUGGAGGGCGCUCGAUUCAGAGAGAAGAAACAGCUGCUGUACUUGAUGGACACUAUGAAGAAUGGAGUUCGCCAGCAGAAUCAAAGACUUCCAUUUGUCCUGACCACAUAUAUCACCAAAGUGGCUCAGCAGAUGCUCAAACCUGAGGACCACAUGUAUGUGGUGUUGAACAGGUUUCUGCUGUCCCAUCAGAGUUUGGACUUCAGAAGAGUUCCUGAGUUCUUCAAGCUCUUCUAUGGCUUUGACUUGGAGCACAAGGUGGAACGAGAGUGGAUCCUAAGUGUGCUGGAGGAAGGGCUAAGCGAUGGACACUGCUAUGAAUUAUGCGACCAACAAGGCAUCUUUCAGAGCCUAUUAGGCUUCAGCAGCAGCCCUCUGUGUGAUGAACACUCCCAGGCACAGAUCAUCAGGGUGUUGUGCCAUGCUGCCCAUGUGAACAAAGCAGCAUACAACCUCACCAAAAACUGUGGGCUUCUAACCUGGAUUAUACAGGUGGUUGAAAAAAGGAAUCUGGACCAGCAUAUGCUAAGUGCCAUCGUGGACCUGCUCCAUAAGCUGUGGUUUACUAACCUUGGGCAGAAGGAGAAGCAAGCAGAUGGAAGCAAAACCUCUACAGAGGAGAAGUCUCAGACCUCAGUGAAGUGUCUUCCACUCCCACUCAUCUGUGAAUUUUUGUGUGUGGCAUCAACUAUCAGUAGACACCUCAGGUUGGGUGUGAAGGCUGCUCAGCUCAAUCAGUUCCUGCAAACUCUUUGCUCUGUGCUGAAGCAUCGUGGGACAGCUCUCAGUGUAAACAAACAGGCUGACUGGCUCACACUCCACCCCCAGCCUCUCUCUGGUACUGAGGCCCUCACUCUGCUCCACUGCUGGGCGUCCCUCUCCCAUAACAAAGCUGUCCUUACCCAGAUACAAGCCAUAUCUGAAAAACACAAAGUGAAGGAAUUGCUGGGGACCAGGAAGGAUAAGGCCCGGGGUAAAGGUUCCUUUUCCCAGGCCCGCACAAGAAAGGAGAACCUGGCAGAGGACACUGAAACGGAGAAACAAGAAGAGAGUCUCUUGACAGAGUGUAAAUUUUACCUCAGCAACAUCUUUCUCCACUGGGAGCCUGCGUUUCCUCUCACUGAACCCCAGCCAGAUCAGCCAAGAGACAACGUAGAUUCCAGUGGGUUGGCUGGUGAUACUGCGCACCUGCUCACCAAGUGGUCCCUGAGGUGCUUAGUAGAGGACUCGUACGAUGAGGAAAGAACAAAAAACUUCUUGCGCUGGGUCGAAAAGGCUGUGAUAAAACACAGAGAAAUUGUGAAUGCUGUGUUACUCGAUCCUGGCCUGAAAGCAGACCUGCUUCGACUCUACCAUCAGGCCUUCGAAGCUCAGUGUCAUUCCACGAUUUCAGCAAGAAUAGAAACCUUCCAGCUGUUUACCAGCAUUAUGAGGCACUUACUCGAGAGCCAAGGGCAACUUCCAGACCUACAUCAGACUGUUGUCUCUGCUUGCCUGCCAGAAGUCACCAGUGAUCAGUCUAAACAUGAAGCUGGGCUGUUCUUGUUGGCGUUGUACAUCCAUGAGUUGUGGAGUGGAGCCAACUCAACAGAACUGUUCCUGUCUCAUGUGAGUUUGGUUACCAGAGCCAAGUGUAAGAGACAGAAAGGGUCCAAAUCUUCACUGACUGAAACUGCCGUCAGAGCCAUCUGUUACGACAUCAUCGCCAUGAAGAGUUAAAUAUGACAUCUGAACACUGCUGUGUUCUUUUAAAUAGACUUAAUUACAAGAAAAGUCUGUAUUCUUUCAUUUUGCUACCAUGUUUGUUUCUUGUAAAAAUGUUAAAGAUAUUUUGUAAACAUUUGUAAAAGGCUCCAUCAUAAAACGUUGAUUUACAAAUCU